AUGGCUCGAAUUGGUACGACUGGUAUCAGGAUGCGGAAACGUUCUUCCACAACAAUCACCCUAACGCCGAAUGCAGAUCCGUCAACUUUCACUGGUACCAUACCCGGAAUGAUGAACGGUAUCUGCAAAGACCAGCCAUAUGUCAUGGAGCCUGCUCGUACUCGGUCUACCGGUACUGAGAUAUUGUCUGGCUAUAAUACGGGCAUAUAA